AUGUGGUUCCUCCUUCUUCUGAUCCACGCUGCUCACACUCAGCUCACGGACAAAAAAGAUGGGGAUGGGGUGAUCCUCAGAGGUGGAGCUAGUCCAUGUGAAGGCCACGUUGAAGUCCUCUUUGAGGGCAAAUGGCGCUUUGUUGGAGAUAAAUACUGGACCUCAAACACUGAAAAAGUGGCAUGCAGAAGCACUCACUGUGGGGAACCUUUGCCGGACUCAACAGUAGAUGUGGAAAGGCCCAAGAAGAGCGAAGUGUGGCUCAAUGAGCUGAAAUGCAGGGGAGAUGAAGAACAACUGUGGCAAUGUGACUGUCCUGGUUGGAACAUCAGCUACUACUCCAAACCCUCGGUGAAAAAGAUUAAAUGUUCAAAUAAAAUCGACAUAAGACUGGAUGGAUAUAAAUGUGCCGGAGCUGUGCAGUACUCCACAGAUGGAGGGCAAAAAUGGUCAGGAUACUUUUGUGCUGACAAAUUGGAAAAUAAGGAAGCAGAUUUUCUGUGUAAAAGCCAGGGGUGCGGUAAAUCCAAGGAGCUGCAAAUGCACGACUGGAUGAUUUGGGACGGAUUCAAAUCAAACGCUAAGAAGAAGAUCAACUGUUCAGACAUCUCACCCAUAGAUAAUCUGUGGCAGUGCAUCACCAAGGAAUCAAAUCCCCAGUGCAAAAACCCUGUUUCUGUCGUAUGCAAUGGUUAUGAAAGGCUGCAGCUCAGAGGAAACGCAUCAAAUGUCUGUUCUGGGCGGCUGGAGAAAGAGAAAAACGGCAAGUGGAAUCCAGUUAAAAACAAUGCAAGCGUUGCUGAUCAGUGGUGCCGGCAGAUGCACUGUGGGGCAUCCAAUCCCAGUUCGGAUGCCAAUGGCACACAGCUGACAUGCACAGACAGAGUUAACGUUGUACUGAUGGAUGGUAGGACUCCCAGCAAGUGCUAUGGUGCGGUUCAUAUUGACGUGAAUGGUGAGCGUCUCCCUGUGUGUGGCUCUUCCUGGACCAUGAAGGAAGCUGAAGUGGUCUGCAAGGAGCUCAACUGUGGGAAAGUGAUUAAACAUAGUAACGAUCAGAAGACUAACGAACGAGGGGCAAUGAACAAUGUGAAGUGCUUAGGCAGUGAGUCCUCGCUGUGGCACUGUCGGGCCAAGCGUAACAGCAGCGCUGUCAAGUGUUCAGAAAAGGCUUCUGUCAUCUGUGCAGAUAGUAUAAGGGUGAGAUUGAAGGACGGUCCUGGAAGAUGUGCUGGGAGAGUGGAGAUCCAGUAUGAGGGCCAAUGGAGACAAGUUUCUAAAAAUCAGUGGGAUGACAAAUCAGAUACUGUCUGCAAAGAACUUAACUGUGGCAAUAAAAGCAAAACUGAAACAUUCAUGAAGGGUCCAGAUAAUUUCCUCGCUAAUACUGUGAAAUGCAAGUCAGAUGCCUCAACCAUAUCUGACUGUUUGACAAAUUCAGAGUCAAACACCGCCCCCAGUCAGAGGGAGACCGUGGGAAUAACCUGUGAGGAGCACGAGGUGGUAUUUCUGAGCCGAGAUGAGUCCAGUCCCUGUUCUGGCAGGGUGGGGAUAGAGCACAACAGUAACAACUACUGGCUCUCUGGCUCGAACAAGACAUGGAACCGAGACUCUGCAAACAUAGUGUGUCAGCAGAAGAACUGUGGGACUGUUUCCAACUUUACCUCUGUCCCUUCUACUGAUAAGCAGGCAAAAUUUUGGGAUAAAUCUUACAAGUGCUCAUCCAACGGCAAAUCUCUGUUUGAAUGUGAAACGAAGACACCGUCAUCAGACCACAAUGAGACCAUUGCAAGAGUGACCUGUACAGGAACAAUCACAAUGAGCCUGACAAAGACGUGUUGGGGACAUGUCAUCAUCAAUAUGAAUGGGAGGAGUGGAGGUGUGUGUGGCGACUCCUGGACACAGGAGCAUUCUGAGAUGCUGUGUAAAAGCCGUGGCUGUGGGGACCAUGUCCUAAAGGCCAUCAACCAGGCUGAAAAUAUAGACGUGCUCGUCAAGAGUUUGCACAAUACAGACCUGACCAAUGACCUGACCCGGAGCAACUUCGUACUGAAUGAUGAAAAGGAUAACACCUGCAACCGAAACCCAGCCUAUGUCAUUUGUUCAGGUAGUGUCGAGCCCAGAUUUAGUUCUAACAGGGACAAAUGUGUCGGAAAUGUGGAGGUUUUUUAUGAAGGCAAGUGGCUCCCGGUGUGCGAGAGCGCUCUUAAAAAUGUAGAUGUACGACACACCAUCUGUGGGCAGCUGGGAUGUGAUCGGGCUGUCGAUGUGAUUCCCCACUUCGGACCUAAACCAACAGAGAGUAAUGUGAUUUCACAACUACAGUGUAAUGGCACAAAGUCAUUAUCAGAAUGUAUUAUCACUUCAAAUCAAGACAAGUCCUGCAAGCCUGUUGGCCUCAACUGCACCGGCUGGAGAAAGAUGUUGGUCAACGGUACCUGUAGUGGACCUGUGUCUGUUCUCUCCAAUGGAAAACAUCAUGCCGUGUCCUCUGAAGGGUGGACAGCCAAUGAAGGGAAAACGCUUUGCCAGGAUCUGAACUGUGGCAGCUACAAGUCGAAAGAGGACGUCAACAGUACCAAUAAGGAUUUUUGGAACAGAAACUUCAAAUGUUCAGAUGGACCGGCUCCAGAAAACAUCUGGAAGUGUGAAAAUAAUGAAACCCUAGACUCACGCGAGAAGAAACAGCUCUUUAUUAAAUGUGAAGAGUCCGAGGUCACCCUGACAGAUCAUUGUCAAGGUGAAGUGAAAAUGAAUAAAUUGAAAGUGUGCAGCAGUGGCUGGAUUGAAAACUAUUCACACAUGAUUUGCCAAGAAAAGAACUGUAGCAACGCUUUUUCAAGAGAGGGGAGCUUCAAUGAACCUGAGCCAAAUACUGAGUACAACCAUGUCCGUUGCACUUCCAACCAACACAGACUUAGCCAGUGCAUGGCAAUGAAGGGAAAGUGCGAUGGAAAGGUGGUGACUGUUGCCUGUGUUGAAAAUUUCAAGUUCAACACCUCACGACAUUGUGGAGGUGAACUUAAAGUCUACGAUGGACGUGGCUGGGAAAAAGUUUGUCCGCUGGAAGCUCUUUCCCAAGAUUCUUUGAACAUGCUAUGUAGUAAGCUUGGAUGUAGUGGUUACAUAAGCAAAAAACUAAUAAUUAAGAACAAGUAUGAGCGCUUGAAAGUCGGACUGAACUGCACAACCAAACACAUGGACAUCAAGCACUGUGUCGUCGCACAGACUUGUACAGCCAAACCAGCUGAGAUCUACUGUGGAGAUUACAUACCGCCUCCAACUACGCCUCCGCCCCCCAAAUCCACCAAUGUGCCCGUUAUCGUGGGAGUAGUAUUGUCUUUGGUUGUGUUGAUACUGAUUAUUGUAUUUGUGCGAAUUUGCAUCAUCAAGAAGUACAAGAAUGACAAGAACAUCCGGUCGACGAUGCUGUCAAGAAAUGACUUAGAGUUUGAAAGUGGUGAGUAUGAGGACGUCCCGAGCAAAGAAAAUGAAAUGGAAGAGUUCGGUCGUGGCAGACUCAGAUCAGAGGCUGAAUUCAUCACAGAGAACGACGCACGGAGCACUUCCUCCUUUUCUUACGAUGAUAUUGAUGAAGCAGAGGCUGAGCCCCUGCGCUCUCACGCCACCACUGCUGGUGCCUCAAGAGACAACAACAUCCAGCAAGAUACCCUCAAUCAAAGCGAUGGAAAGUUUCAAUCACAUCAUGCAAUACCUUCUCACUAAAUUCUCACAUUGUCAGUAAUCAGACUAACUACAAUUUAACAUACAACUGUUUUUCAUGCUAACAGAUGUGGUGACCUAUGAGGUGGAAGACCCACAGGAGAAUUAUGACGACAUCGAAGCCAGUCCUGAAAUCACACAAACUAAAGCUGAAGUCCACGACAGCCUCGUAACCGCACCUGAAAGCAACACAGUGGCACCUCCAACAUUGGUGCCGGAGGAUGGGGACUACCUAGUGCCGAACCAGGAUGGGUGAGCCAAAACUGUGUUUAAGACCUGCUGAAAUAAAAUCCAAUCAGGCAAAGUGGAUCACCCCAAAACCCAGCUCCCUUUUACUCUGACUGAAAGGGAAAAACCUAUACUAAAAAAAUAUAUAUAUAUAUAUUAUUAUUAUUAGAAUUAUGCAUUUUUAAUCUGAAUACAGAUCAUUUUUAUAUCAGACCAGAUUGUACAGUUUAGGAGCAAAAAGAGCGUGUUCCAGUCAGAAAUUGUAAUCUGAUUGUGAACUGCUCACCAGUGUAGAUAAAGUUAGCUUUAGCUCAUAUUUUACAUAAACGUGUAUUAUUGAAUGUACAAAAUGUGUGCCUGCCAUCAUACUAUGUCACAGGUGAGGAAAAUGAGCACUUAAGUUUUGUUUUUGUUCAAAUAUACAAAGGUGUGAUUUCAGCGUUAUAUCUUAUCUUUUGGUUUAAAACCUUCAUCCUACUGCAGAUUUUAUAGCUUUUUUAAAAAUGUGUUCAGUGUGAUUCUUUGAUUCAACAUACAGAUCAUGUAUACACGGCAGUUAGGCUUCUUGUAUUUCUGCACUAUACUAUGAGAGUUUAUUUUUGGAUAGCAUGGAUAGCAACGCUGAAAUUAAUGUUGUCAUAUGAGUCAUACUCCUUGUAUCAGCUGAUACAGUAAACUCAGGUCAUAUUGUUACAUGUGUAAAUUCUAUGUUUUCAGUUUUAGAUGUUUAAUAAGAAUUUAUAAGAUUGAGAUUUCACUGUCAUAUUUCUGCUUUUUUGAAACCACUCUCACGUCUGUAAAUAUGAAGCUACAGCCAGCAGCUGGUUAGCUUAGCCUAGCAUAAAGACAGGAAACAGAGCUCAACAAACCAUAGAGAGUUAAAGUGAGUUAUAGUGUUAAUUACUGACCUUUAGAAGGUGCUGCUAGGUGGCUUUUGUUAUUUUUGGACAGAACCAGGAUAGCUGUUUCUCUCUGCUUCCAGUCUUAAUGCUAAAAUAAGCUACCUGACUUGAAGGCUCCACCUUCACAGAGUGAAUUAUAAGCUACUUGACAUUUUUACUAGACAUUUUGUACAAGAGAGGGUCAGAACUGCAAUCACAAUGUAGCUGCCAAGUAAAGUCCUUAAAGGUCCCACAUUGUAGAAAGGGAGAUUUCCAAUACUCCAAAUAAUUCACUGUUUAAAGUGUAAAUUAUGGGACCUUUCAUUUUACUCAUCUGGUCAAAAAAUAAAUAAAAAGAAGGAAAAGAAAAAAAGGUUUGGUAAACUUUUGUAUGAUCUCUUUCUCUUGUUGUAUUAUGUACUUUCAGUUUUUUCCUGAUUCUUGAAAGAUUGCUGUAUCCCCUGCUGCUUCAUGUUACAGUUCACAGUUAAAUCAGUGUAUCAGUUGCAGUUUCUUCUGGCACUGGAGCCAUGACUGACACCGCUGUAAUAAAGAAACCUUUAGAAUAAACAUGUUCAACAUGAA